AUGUCUUCCAAACUCCCCUUCGCAGCUUCGAUCGGCAGCCCUACGUCCGCUACACGUCUCCUCUACGUGAGCCCCACCUCAAACAACUCUGCCAACUUGGCCAAAGCCUCCCAUCUCCUGCAGCUCAUUCCUUCCGAUGUGAGGAUUGAUUUUUACAAUGCCCCGGAGUCUGCGCCAAAAAGUAUAGAUGGGAGUCUAGAUGGGGUCGUUUCUGCGGCCAUCGUCUUGCGUGAUCUGGGGUUGGAUCGGCAGGAUGCAGAUGGAGAUGGAGAGGGCGAAGAGAAGAAAGAGCUGGGGACGUAUGGAGCGAUUAUCAUAGGGUGUUUUUCAGCCCAUCCUCUCGUCCCUGCUCUGAAAGAAGCCCUUCCCCACCCUUGUCCGGCGAUCAUCAGCCUCUUCGACGUCGCUGUCUACUCUGCCCUCCAAUUAGGCCCGACGUUUGGGAUCGUCACCACCGGAAAACAGUGGGAACCGUUGUUCGAUGAAGCUAUCCGUGCUAUGGGUGUCGCGGCAAGUCGGUAUACGGGAACGGUCGGUUGUGGGCAUAAUGCUGUCAACCUGCAAGGCAAUCUUGACGCCAUGAUUUCGGCAGGUGAACAGUUGGUGGAGAGGGGGGCUGCGGUGCUUAUACUGGGCUGUGGUAUGUCUGAUCGCUUGAUAGGGCAUGUGUACGAUGCGGGCAGAUUUUGA